UCUCAUGCAGUGGUGUAGAGGUUGGGUGAUAACGGGGCGUGUUUCAUCAUUAUCAAGCAGGUAUAAUUGCCGCAAGGUUUAAGAGGUUAGGAUGCGAAAAAAAAUCGUACAAAAGGAGAGAGAAAAGGGGAUGGAAAUCAGUCGAGUGAGCAUCUCCGACACGGCAACAACCGCAGCCCACUAUUUGUCGCCAACUUCCUUUUUCAUCGUAUUGAACCAGUUCGCAAUCAUGGUUAUCCAUAGCGUCUUGCUGCUGGUGGGUUUUGUAUGGUUGAUGGCUGGGACGACCACUAGUGUACCGAUGUCUCCUUGUUACUACACCGAGGCCCUCAAGUACUACACCACUAAGGCACCGGAGUAUUAUACCAUAACUAACGCGGCCCUGAAGUAUUACUCUGCCCCGAGCUACACCAUCAGAGACCGGAGUACUACACGAAUACGUAUGCUGCCCCAACCUACUACACCGAGGCUCCCAAGUGCAACUCUUUCCUCAGCUAAGUACUACUUUGUUCCCAUCUACUACACCGAAGGUCUAGCUUAUUACACCCCCGAAGCGUUCUACUUUUACACCGAAGCGCCUAAGUACUACACUGCAACCUACGCUGCACCACGGAGCCAUCGGAAUACUAAAUCAUGA